UAGGGGGCGGGGCCACAAGGCAGCAUAUAUAAGGCUGGGCUCCGGGGCGCCCCCCCCUCACUCGCGCGUUAGAAGGCUCGGGUCGUUGUGCUGUGCCGUGUUCCCGCCUGCGUCAGGGACCUGCCCGGCUCAGUGGCCACCAUGGCAUCAGAUGAAGGCAAGCUUUUCGUUGGAGGGCUGAGUUUUGACACCAAUGAGCAGUCACUCGAGCAGGUCUUCUCAAAAUACGGACAGAUCGCCGAAGUGGUGGUCGUGAAAGACAGAGAGACCCAGCGAUCUCGGGGUUUUGGGUUUGUCACCUUUGAGAACAUUGAUGACGCCAAGGAUGCCAUGAUGGCCAUGAAUGGGAAGUCUGUAGACGGGCGACAGAUCCGAGUUGACCAGGCAGGCAAGUCAUCUGACAACCGAUCCCGUGGUUACCGAGGCGGCUCUGCCGGGGGCCGGGGCUUCUUCCGCGGGGGCCGAGGACGGGGCCGUGGGUUCUCCAGAGGAGGAGGAGGGGACCGAGGCUACGGGGGCGGCCGGUUCGAGUCCAGGAGUGGGGGCUACGGAGGUUCCAGAGACUACUACAGCAGCCGGAGUCAGGGCAGUGGCUACGGUGACCGGAGCUCUGGUGGGUCCUACAGAGACAGCUACGACAGUUACGCUACACACAACGAGUAAAAAUCCUUCCUGCUCAAGAUCGUCCUUCCAAUGGCUGUAUAUUUAAAGAUUUUGGGAGCUUCGCUGAAUCGUUAAUGUGUAGUGAACACACCUCCUUGUAUUCCCACUUUUGUAGUCAUUUCAGCUCUGAUCUUGUCAAACCCAGCCUGACUGCUCUGACCCCUGAGAUGGCCUCAUUGUUAGACUUUUUUUUUAAGGAAGCGCUGUCCAUUUUUAAGGGUUUUCAAAGCGUUUGAAAAGCACUUCAGAUUUACUUUUUUCUUUUAGUUACUACGAGCCAUGAGUUCUUAAAAACAUCGCCGGGGGUUGUGUGGGUUUUUUGGGUUUUUUUGGUUGUGUUGCCUUUUUUGUUUCUCUUUUGGGGUCGGCCCCAUGAAGUUGGGUGCCCCAUUCAUUUCUGAGAUUGAACAGACUCGGAAUCUGCUCUGUUGGAAGCUGAGCAAGCUGUGGCUUUUUUCCAACUCCGUGUAACGUUUCUGAGUGUAGCGUGGUAGGACAUCAUCGGGGCAGCGGCAGAGGCUGCCCUGGAGCCCCAGCCCAUCUGCCCAUCUGCGCUGUGUGUGCCCUGCAGUAGACAUGCAGAUGUCCCCCGAGAGGUUCUUGAAGAUGUUUAUUUAUAUUGUCCUUUUUUACUGGAAGACGUAUGCAUACUCCAUUGAUGUUGUAUUUGCAGUGGCUAAGGAAUUCUUGUAUGCAGUUUUCUUUGGCUUUACGAAGCCGAUUAAAAGACCGUGUGAAAUGAA